AAAGGCAGAUCAUUCAUUUCUUCUUUGUCCGUCAAAAACGAGGUUACACAAAAAAAGCAUAAUAAAAUUGCAAACAAAUUUCACGUGUCGCUGUUUUUUUUUAUCCUGUGAUAUAAAUUAAUGAGAAUAUGGCAGACGUCGAUGCAUCGAGCAAUUUGUGUCAAAUAUGCAAUUCCACUCCACCGAAAUACACAUGCCCAAGGUGCAGUAUUUCUUAUUGUUCAAUGAAUUGUUACAAAUCCACAUCUCAUCUGAACUGUUCAGAAGAAUUUUACAAGAAAUGGGUAGAGGAUGAGAUGAAAUCUCAGACAAAUGAUCCAGCAGAGAAAAAAAAGAUGACUGAAAUUCUGAAGAGAAUUCAUGAACAAGAAGACCCAUUCGACAAUGCAGAAGAUUUGUUGAACAUCGAUGAUUUACGCGAAGAACUCGACUCAGACGACGACGAAGAUGUCCCAGAUUUAGCGGAUCGUAUUGAAAACGUGGAUUUGGACGAUGCCAAUGAGCUUUGGGAGGUCUUAACUGACUCUGAACGUCAGGAAUUCGAAGCACUCCUCAGGAAUGGUGAAGAACAACAGCUCCUGCCCAACUGGCGCCCUUGGUGGAGUUUAAAAAAUACUGAGAAGCAGCUAAUUAAAGAAAUUGACAGAAAUGAAAAGAAAAGAGAAGUUGAAAAAUGCCCGAGACUUUUAGACAUCACCUACAUACCAGCGGUGGAGAAAUCCUCACCGACAGUUCCCUUUAAUCUCGUGAAUCUUCUCUCUUCGUACGUUCUCGUGGUACUCCAUUACGAUGGCGAUCAUCAAAAUUCAGUGAAAGAGGCUGUCAGUAUGUUCCUGCAAUUGUGUGAUAAUAUCGCUGAUAAUAGGGUAUUUGAUAAUGAAGAAUCAGCUGUAGACGCUGUGACAGAAAAAGCUUCUGAUCUCCAGCUGUUCAAUAAUGACGAGGAAAAUGUAAUAAUUGAUCAUUUGAAACAAAUCAUCCAGGGGCCGAGUAAAGAAGAGCAGAAUUUUUACAUGUUGUCUGCUGUAUCAGACCUCCAUCAUUUACUCACUAAAGCGAAGAGAGAAUUAUCUUCAGGGAAACAGAAGCGAAAUAAUCCCCUAUUUUUCAAAAAAUUUGGAACUCAAAUCGACGAACAGUACAUGAAUCGCUCCAAAAAAUGCAUUCCACUUUAUUUGAAAAAAAUCGAGUACUACUUCACGUGGAUUCAUAAAUAUAGCCAACGAAUGCUGGAAUUGAAUUUUUUACAGUGA